AUGACAAGAUAUAAGAUUGUAUGCGAGUAUGUUGGAUCAGCAUUCUCUGGAUGGCAAAAGACUGCGUAUGAGUGCAAGAAGAAGCCUGUACAACAGGUGUUGGAAGAGUCACUAGAAGUGUUCAUUCGCUCGCCAGUAAGAGUAGUUGGAUCCAGUCGUACAGACUCUGGUGUUAGUGCAUUAAACCAAGUCGCACACUUUGACAUUGACAAGAGGAUAUCAAAGACAGGUGAAGAGAUACCUUUGAUGGACCCAGAUGUGAUGACAAUGGCACUCAAUCAGAACUUUCAAGAGUAUCCCUUGAGAGUGAUAUCAACGACGAUCGUUGACAAUACGUUUCAUAGUCGCUUCAGUGCCAAGUCGCGAACAUAUCUGUAUAGGAUGACCAGUGGCCUACAUCGCAAUCAACUACCGUUCGAACUAAAAGAUAGAGUCUGGGCAAUUCAGAAGACAUUGGAUGUCGACCUCAUGCGACAAGGCGCCGACAUACUCACGGGCAGACACAACUUCAACAGCUUUCGAAGUGCCAAGUGUCAAGCGAACAAUCCUGAGCGCACCAUCUCAAGCUUCAAAGUGCUCGACCUGCCUGUGCCCGACGUCUGGCGAUACAACAACCCUCCCAAGGAUGUAAAGAUACUUGGAUUGGAGAUCAAGGCAAGAGCAUUUCUUCACAAUCAAGUUAGGAUAAUGGUGUCGGUAUUGGAGAGGAUAGGAUCACAUGAGAUGACAUUGGAUCAACUGCGAGAUCUAAUCAAGGCGCAGGACCGACAGAAGGCACCUGCCACAGCACCUCCAUUUCCACUCACGCUCACCAAAGUAUCCUACGUCGAUGAUCUUGCCGAUCAAUCACCUUGGCUCAUCCCAUCAUUACAAUCGUCACAGUCGCAAUCACAAUCACAAUCAUCCACUUUUGGAGACUUGAUCAAGAAGGGCUUGGCUGGACUUGGUUGGACGAAGCGAGACUAG